AUGGGAAAGACGAUUAGUUUGUAUGGUUUUCCUACUGUUGAACCUGCAGAAGACAUAAAGGAAAUUCUGGAAGAAUACUCUAUUGAAGGAACAGUUGUAGCUGUUAAUGUCUUCCAUUUUCAAUUUGCAAGCUCCUCCUUCACGCUCAAAGGCACCGCCUGGGUCGUAAUUCUUUCAACCCUCAAAAAUCAAAGCACUAUGCCCGGAAAAGAGGGGUUUAGUGAAAAUAAACAUCGGAAAGAGGAGAAGUCGCAGCCAGAUAUGAUGAUGUCAGUAGGGGUGAACAAACGUAUGGGUGAGCAAACG